CUGCUGCCGCUGCUGCUGCGUGGCUCAUCGAACAGCAGCGCAACGUGCGCGCUAGGUAGGACCUAGGGGGGAGCCAGAGAGAAGAGAGAUGGCGCACAAUACGGGGAUUCGACGGCGGUCGAUGCGGGCCGAAGCUGGACUGGAAUCUCUGCUCCACUACCAGCCUACACAUUCUUCCGUCGAAGAUAACAUGAAGGAGGCAGUGCACAUGCUCGAUCUGCUCCCUCCGGACCAGCGCAAGGGAUUUCUUCGUCUGUUCGGGCAGUUCGUCCAGCAGCGGCAAAAGCCCGCCCUGGAGUGGGCAAGGCUGGAGCCUCCACCUAGGGAGGCAAUGGUGCAGGCGACGGACAUACCGCCGUGCCCGAAGGACCAGGCCUUGCGCCACGAGCUGCUGGACAAGAUGGUCAUUCUCAAGCUGAACGGCGGGCUCGGGACGAGCAUGGGUUGCACGUGGCCUAAGUCGGCGAUAGAGGUGCGGAACGACCUCUCUUUCUUGGACCUGACGGUGCGACAGGUGGAAUACCUCAACAGCAUGUACGGAGUGGACGUGCCGUUGGUGCUUCUGGACUCGUUCAAGACGCACGAGACCACCGCGAAGAUCAUCCGGAAGUACCGCAUGCACAACCUGACCAUCCACACCUUCAUGCAGAGCUGCCACCCCAGAAUUAUCAAGGCGAGACACUCUGCAGCCGAUGCCUUCGGGGCCGUUUGGGGAAUCCCCCCCAUCGGAGUGGUAUCCUCCAGGGCACGGGGACGUGUACUACUCGCUGUACGCCUCGGGCCUCCUGGAAAACCUCAUCAACCAGAAACGGGCAAGGAGUACAUCUUCAUCAGCAACGUGGACAACCUCGGGGCCACGGUGGACCUAGACAUGUUGUACCACAUCUUCGAUCAGGAGGCCGAGUUCGCCGUGGAGGCCAUCGAGCGCACGAGAGCCGACCUGACGGGCGGGCUGGUGGUGGGGUACGGGGGCAAGCCCAAGGUGGUGGAACUGAGCACGGUGCCGACGGAGCGAAGAGACCAGUUCGCCAAGAAGUUUAACCUCUUUAACACCAACAACAUAUGGGCAAACCUGCGCGCGCUGCAACGACUAGUCGCGAAGGAGGAGAUGUCGUUGGAGGUGAACGUGAGGGAGAGGCAGGUCAGCGGGUUGAAGACCAUACAGCUGGAGACGUGCGGGGCUAGCGCGAUCCAGUGUUUCGACAAGGUGAUGGCCAUCGUCGUAAAUCGAGCCCGAUAUUUACCCGUCAAGUCGACGUCGGACCUCUUCCUGGUCCAGUCCAACCUGUACGGAGUGAGGCACGGGAGCCUCGUCAUGUCGGCGGAGCGGCCGGACGGCAGCACCCCGCUGAUAAAGCUCGGGAGGGAGUUCACCUCCGUGGAGGACUACUUGCGGAGGAUACCACACGGCGUGCCCACCAUCACGCAACUUGACCACCUGACGGUGGCGGGGGACGUCAUGUUCGGGGAGAACGUGACGCUUAAGGCGGGGGACGGUUAUUAUCGUCGCGAACGAGGGGUCCGUGAUCAUGAUCCCUGACGGGACGGUACUCAGAGACUCGGUCGUCACGGGGAACUUGCGCAUCCUCGAUCACUAACCCGGCGGAGCGGCGGAACGGGGGGGCUGAUUACCUUUGGCUGGCCGGAGCCAGCAAAACAGGGAGUUGCCCAGCGACUGACUGUUCACCUGGAACGAACGGGUCAGCCGUUCGGAGUGCCUGCGACCGAUAUCCUGGGGUCGGUCCCUUUGGACGGAAGCCGAUCGGUUGGUCGUCGCUUGGGGGUGGGUUUGCAAAACCGAUUGCUUGAUAAGCUAGCUUGCUCCGGGGCUUCGUUCCUCUUGGCCGGAAAGACCAUCAUCAGAUGGCUGGAGAUUUGGGUCCUGCCUCUAAUAUCCUUGGUAAAAUUUGUGCACAGGAAACACCACGAGGCCCGCUACUGUCUGUCUGCGAAUCACUAGUUGAUGGGUUGUUUUUUUUUCUUUUGUUCUAGAACAGGAAGAGAAACCACGGGAUAAUUUUGAAGGAACCGUUUUUCGCUCGCUGUAGUCGUUUUGUGUGUUGGUUGCACCCCUCGUCCGGACUUGGAUGCUCGCGCGUUGUUCCAGGCGGAGUCGAUAUGGCACCCAAAAGUUAGAAACAACUCCCCCCCUCAAAAAGGGUAUUUCCGCCGCAUCUUGUAGAAACUGUCUUUUUUUUCUCUGUGGUACCACGUAUACGGCUGUCCCUCGGAGGGUUCGACUCACGGUCGGCGGUGGUGUGUGUGUGGAGCCAGGACUCGCCUGGUUAGCUACCACGCGCGUGUGUGUGUGUGUCGUCUCUUGGUGUCCUCUUUGCGCCCUCUCGUCUCUCGUUCUGCGGACAAGGCGUUAUAGUCAUUUGCUUAGAACGUAUACAUAAAUACAACACACAGAAAGACUUCCCGUUCGAGAUAUAUCCAUAGCAGUCGAAAGGGAUGUGUUCAAGUCUUUUCGGCGAGUGGAGGGAAACCUUGUUUCGUCGUUGGCGGUAUGCGUAGUUGGUGUCGUUUUUGUUUCGGUUUGGCGUUAACCCGACGCGCUCAGUCUGGCCAGGCCCGCCCUCAAGGCGUAGUCUAGUCUGACAUGCCGGAUUUUAUUUAGAAACAAAGUAUCAUAGGCGCGCAAGGGGAGGCGGGGCAGGGCCAUCAUACCAGACAUGCGUACUGGCGCUGUACCAUUUCGACUGUUUUGUACAAACGUUGGUUUCCGGUUUUAAUCAUCCAAAGAAGAAAAUCGGGACGAGGGGAUGCGCGAGAGGGGUCGGGAUAACGUAUAACGAACGCCUUUUCUCGCAUUCAUUGCAUGGGACGGGUGUCGCAGCGUGUUGGCGGUAUCGUCGGCGCUGCACCAGCGGGCAGGAUUUUUGGCAUCUAAACGGGAAGACAUGGUUGUCGAGACUUUCUUUGCCAAAGGGCCUCGAGGGGGCAAGGACGUGGCGUUAGCCGCGUGCGUUGUUGGUCGAGUCGUAGCGAGUGGUAAAACCGCAGGCUUACGCGUACAGUAUGGAAGAAGACCCGAUCGCAAGCAUCGCUACAGGGCGUGUGGCAGCGCCUGCCGCCCGUUU